AUGCUCGGUUCGGCAUUCAACCUGCCAACAUCAUUCGACGGCCGCGCAUAUGGUAGCAGUCGAUAUCUGCAGGCGCCUUGCGAAGAAACAUCCGCUCCCUUGGACCACAACCAGCCCGCAACCACACUUGGCCGUCGCGCAAAACCGUCGUCAGAGACGCUUCAAGGCCGCCCCAACACUCGCACCCCUUGUUCGCCAACCACUCCCAUAGACGACAGAACAAGCGUCAUGGGCUGGCUCUGGUCGUCAUCUUCAAAGCCUUGCACGGGCGAAAAGGCCACACCGUCGCCACCAAGAGAGCGAGAGCAGUCUGCCGCGCCCAACGAGCCCGUCGACCCAGAGAUUCAAAAGCUCUUCGACCUCUUCAAACGCGAACCCGAGCCGUCUUCCACCAGUCGACGAUCCUCUCCCUCACAGCCGUCCUCGGACGACAAGUCCUCAUCAUCCAUCGCGUCCUGGCUGGCCUUCAAAGCAUCGGCCAAGUCCGCCGACAAACAAGUGCCCGAUGCCCCCGUCGGCGACGCCCUCUCCGAGUCCCUCCUCCCCACCGACAUGAGCUGCCGGCAAGCCUUUGACCUCGCAUGGAGUUGCAACGGGCUCGGCGGGCAGUUCAACUCGGUCUACCGCUACGGCAACAUGCGCUCCUGCAGCGAACACUGGGACGACUUUUGGUUCUGCAUGCGCGCAAAAUCCUACACGGGGGAGCUCAAGGCCAACAUGGUCAGGACGCACUACCGCAAUAAGGCGCACAGCAAGUACGGCGACGGGAAGCCUAGUAGUGAAGACGUGUGGGAGCGCAGGACAGAGAAGCUGCCGCCAGGGUCUGCGUUUAACGUGCCCGUGGAUCCGCCCACGGUUGGCGAUGAUGAAUGGAGGCGGACGGAGGAGGGGAGGAGGAAAGACGUGCGGAGAGACGGGGGGUACGGAUCAUGA